AGCUUAUUGUGUUGAUUUGAUAUUUGCAGUACUCUACGCAUGAAACUCCGUCCAUUCUUCAUUGAGCAGCUGCCGUCUAGUUUACGAAGUACACUACUGGAAGAAACAGCUGGAUUCCUUGUACAGAAAUCCCUGGUGGCAGGGGUAGAUUGUGAUUAUGGUAAAUCUAUCCUCCAUCUUCUUUCCCUUCUCCUGUCCCCUGACGUUAAGAAACUAAAGGUAACACUUUGUUGCUACUAUGGGUGUCGGGAUCUUGAAAGUGUGCUCUGCUGCAUAAAGAAGAACGGGGUAUCCCUGGAACACCUGGAACUGGCCAGAUCGUCUUUGCUACGAAUGGAUCCCCUACAGUUCAAGAAUGUUCUGACGUCUGCGACAAGACUCCAUAGUCUGGUUGUCCGAAACAUCUGCAGUGAUGCAAUGCUGAAGCUUAUUGGAGCACACUCACCCACUCUGCAGAUUCUUAUCAUUGCAAAUAGUAAACAGGUGACUGAUCUGGGUGUUGAAUCCCUGUGCUGCAGAAUAACAGUUUGUGACAGAGGAGACGAGGAUGCAAAUCAGGUAACAUACUAUAUAGUACAGGGUGUCCCGAAAGAAGACGAUUAGUGAUUUUUGGAACCC